GUGGGGGAUGAAGUAGCAUAUAUAGAGAGAGAGGUGGUGAGGGGAAGAAAAAGAUGGUUUUGGGGUCAGAAUACCAUGACAUACAAGCAGGCAUCCUUCUACGAUCUUUGCAACAAUAUGUCCUGUAGUCACUCUCUCAUGCUGGUUUCCCCUUCUCCAUCCACAGGCCGCCAAGAAGAAAGUCCGUACGUGGACGUGGAUUCGGUCCAGAUGACGUCACAACAGGACAUCCACACCCCGGUCCUGACAGGAAGAACUAUGGCGGAAAUCAUUACACCUGACGCCACACAGACAGACGGUGACGGGGGACGUUACAACAACGUACUGGUGACGUCACCGGUGGCAAGAGCAGCACCAGGAGGUCAAGGUCAAACCCACAAUCCUGGAACGUAUGACCUCAUUGAGGAUCCAGCCAGGGAAGCUUUUGCACAUCCUUACAUGAGACCUCAACACGAUGCAGAAUAUUCUAACACUGAUGAAAUGGACGGUCCGUCUUCUUCCCUGCAGAACAAUUCCACAAGAAAAGGGACCUAUGUGAACAUGGAGGAAAACAAGAAGCCAAGAACCAGUCCUUACGCCAACGUUAAUGACUACAACGUGUCUGGUCGCCUGUGAUCCCAGAAGGGGAAAAAGCAGAAACACAGGCCAUCGCGAAGCAGUUGUAGCAGCUUUUACUGUGUCUAGAAUCUGACUGUGUAUCUUUCUUCUCUACGUUCCUUGCUACAUCUCAUGGACAGUCGACUGUUGGUUCUUUAACCUGCAGUGCAACUGACUUUUACGUAUGUGACCGCUUUUCCUACUCCGUAGAGUCCCUUGCUGUCAGCAAAUUCCCAUUCGAAGGUAGUAAAUAUACACAUUUAUAUAUUUUUUAUAGUAAAAAAUAUAUACAUUUAUAUAUAUAAAUAUACGUAUACAUAUUAUUUUAUAUAACUUACUAGAGUAUUUAUUUCAGGUCCACGUCACGGGAAACUGGACAAAGUAGGGGAUUGCUGGGGUCAACGAAGUACGGUGUGGCUUUAUGGCACUGAGGCGUCACGCUAGCCGUGAAGGAGAACCCGGGUCACCACGAAAAGCUGCAGGCUAACGUGGCUCUGGUGAAACUGUGACAGGCCUAGCAAGUCGGCAGCGGAUUAUUUAUAGCUAUAAACACAAAUAGAAGAAAGAAACGGACUAAUAUAGACGGAAAACGACCAUGAAACGUUAAAGUAUUACGAGAAAGGAUUUGUACUCUUAAUAUCUGUGGCCUCAAAGACAAGAAACCAAACUCAUUGCUUUCAUGAAAAGGUGGAGAACACCAAUACUUGGACUGUCGGAUUGACGUUUAAAAGGAAGUGGAGCCCAAAAAAUACAUGAAAAUCACGUACUAAUAUGGAGUGGAGUAGAUAUGAAAGGCAGAAAGAGUUAUAGAGAAAGAAUUAAUAUCAGAAAGGAUCUUGAAAACCAGAAUACAGA